AUGAAGGUACACAUGCACACAAAAUUUUGCAUCAUUUGUUUGCUGACAUUUAUCUUUCAUCAGUGCAAUCAUUGCCAUGCAGAUGGACAUGACCAUGUGCACUACCAUAAUGACUAUCAGAUCUCAAAUGCAUCCUACUUCCAGAAUGGAGGAACAGAAUCUAUGCCGAGUAAAUUUUCAACGUUGGAAGCUGAAAAUGAACAAAAAUACUACAUUGAAAAGAUUUUUGAUCGUUAUGGUGAAAAUGGAAGAUUGUCCUUUUUUGGCCUGGAAAAACUGUUAAUAAGCCUUGGUUUAGGAGAGGUAAAAGUAGUGAUGAUAAAUCAUGAUGAUAUUGGUCAUGACCAUGUUUCUCACUUAUAUGCUUUAGAAGUACAGGAAGGAAAGCAUUCUCACUCUCAUAACCAUCCUCGUAGCCACUUGGAUUCAGAAAACCAAACCAUGAUUGGUGUGGGUGCAAAAAGAAGUCAUAAAUGUGACCCUGAGAGAGAUGCAGUAGUGCCAUCAGUAAAAGAUGAUGGCAAACAUGUUCAUGACCAGAGUCGCCAUCACCAUCAUCACCACCCUCGUCUGCAUCAUCAUGACCAUAAUGGUACACAUCAUUCUCGUAAUGAUUCGGUUAGUCACAGUGAACAUGGAGAACAGAAUCAUGAACCUUCAACAGAGACAAACACAACUCAGGAUCAGCCAGAAAGAAAACAACGGAAACAGAAGAAGAAGCAAAAGAAGAUCAGUGAGACUUCAGGAGAUGCUACAGAUCAUGAUCCAGGUGAUCAGUAUGAGCACAAUCGUGUUCAUAAACCUGAUCACAUACAUGAUGCAUCUCACUUGCAUGUACACCAUCAUGAACACAGUAGUGAUCGUUCUACUGGUCAUGGACAUCAAGAUUCCAGUUUAGGUAAUGAGAAUGGACACCACCAUACCAGCAAGCGAGAGGCUCAUAAGCAGAUUAAUGUAAGAAAACAUGCUCUUUUUUCAACACGUAGUCAUAAGGAUCAUAAUGAAGAUGAACGUGAUCGUGAAGAGUGCUUAAAUGUUACCCAGCUGCUACGGUACUAUGGUCUGGAAACCAGCUCUCCAAUAUCUCCUGAAUUGUUUAUAUACAUGUGUCCUGCUUUGCUAUACCAGAUUGAGAGAAGGCUUUGUAUUGUACAUUAUGAUGAGCUUGAAGAUUUUAUGAAAAGUAAAAAUGCAUCAAUUGAGAAUAAAGAUAAAACAGGUGCAUCAGCCUGGUUUUGUGGUAUCAUCUCUAUCACCGUCAUUAGCCUGCUUUCCUUGCUAGGUGUGAUCUUGAUUCCCAUCAUUAACCAAUGGUGCUUCAAAUUUCUUCUAACUUUCUUGGUAGCUCUGGCUGUAGGAACAAUGAGUGGAGAUGCACUGCUCCAUCUGUUGCCACAUUCACAUGGAGGCCACAACCACAGUCACCACCAUAGCCAAGGUCAUGUUCAUGAGCACAGGCGUUCCCAUCGACAUGCCCACGGACAUGGAGUACGGACUGAAGGGUUUUUAGAAGAAAAUGAUCCAGUGCUGAAAGGCCUUGUGGCACUUGGAGGCAUUUAUGUUUUGUUCAUCAUUGAACAUUGUAUAAGAAUGUACAAGCAUUACAAUAAACAAAAGAGUAAGCAGAAAUGGUGCAAGAAAAAACAAACUGAAGAAUCACCAAUUGGAAGGAAACUUUCCGAUCACAAAUUAAAUAAUAGACCAGAUGCUGACUGGCUUCAGCUCAAACCCCUUGCAGGAGCCGACGACUCAGUUUUAUCUGAAGAUCGACUCAAUGAAACUGAACUGACUGAUUUAGAUGGCCAGCUGGAAUCCCCUCCCAAAAACUUCUUGCCUGUAGAAGAGGACAACAAUAUGCACCGUUCUCACAAUGAUGUCUCACAUGCUGCUCAAGAGCAUGAUCGUCAUGAUUCAGAGUAUGACAGCCAUGGCGAAGAUAAAAUGAUAGCUAGAAAACACAGUCACCACUGGCAUCACAAACAUUCCCAUCAUUCCCACGGCCACUGUCAUUCUGGAAAAGACCUGAAAGAUACUGGGAUAGCUAAUAUUGCUUGGAUGGUAAUUAUGGGAGAUGGCAUUCACAACUUUAGUGAUGGCUUAGCAAUCGGAGCAGCUUUUAGUGCUGGACUGACAGGAGGAAUUAGUACAUCUAUAGCAGUAUUUUGUCAUGAGCUUCCCCAUGAAUUAGGUGACUUUGCUGUGCUUCUUAAAGCAGGUAUGACGGUGAAGCAAGCUAUUGUGUACAACCUCCUGUCUGCCAUGAUGGCUUACAUAGGGAUGCUGAUAGGCACAGCGGUGGGACAGUAUGCUAAUAACAUCACCCUGUGGAUCUUUGCAGUCACUGCAGGCAUGUUCCUCUAUGUGGCAUUGGUCGACAUGCUUCCAGAAAUGCUUCAUGGAGAUGGAGAUAAUGAAGAGCAUGGUUAUUGUCCGGUGGGGCAGUUCAUUCUUCAGAAUCUGGGCCUGCUUCUUGGAUUUGCCAUCAUGUUGGUGAUUGCCCUCUAUGAAGAUAAAAUUGUGCUUGACAUCCAGUUUUGA